CACUAACGUGUUAACAUCCCUAAUCACAACUUUACUUGACGUACCCCCACGUGAUCGUAUUUUCCAUUGCCGUCUAUUGAACAUACAUACCCCGAUUAGCUGUAUGUUUACUUGCAUACAUCAUAUACUCAUUAAUUGUUGAUUUUUUUUUCCCGUUUAAACUAAUAUUUUUCUUUAUAGUUUCUAAUAAACCUAAUUUAAGUCAUAUACAGACUCAACGCAUACCGACCUCAAUCUUUCCUUAUUAUUGUAAUUAUUAAAUUAAACACAUAUUAGUAUGCAUUAUAAUUUUAAUACACUUACACAUUUUCCCUUAUCCAUUCCCAUUCGAAUCUAUUCAUAUUCAACUCAAUACACUUACACCUCAACUAAAAAAAGAAUAAAAAGACAAAACCAAACAAAACCCAAAAUAUAAAAAAAACAAACCAAAACCAGUAAAAUCUCCAUACGUUUCUUUAUUUGGGGAAAAAUCUACUUACGUUUCAUUUCUUUAUUUAUGCAACACAUAGAAAAAGAAAUUUUUUUAAAAAAAUUUAGGGGAAAAAUUGAAAUUUAAAUACAACAAAGAAGAAGAAGCCGGAGUCCCUGACCCAGCCAAACUAUCGUAAGCGCGACGAUUAUUUUGCCAUAUUUUGCAACCAACUUGUCUUUCAGAUCUGUCAUCAAAUUCCCCCGUUUUCGAUAAUCUUCUCAAUUUUCUCUUCUACCUCCAAUUUCGCAUCGCAGCUACAACCCCACUUCGAAUUCUUGCUUAACCUGAUUAUCAACGAGUUAUUCCGGAAAUUUUUUGGUGUUGGGAUUGUUUUAAGCAUUCUCCUGAUUGUGUCUUGUAUAGAGACAUUUUUCAGGGAAUGCUAAAUAAUGUGGUUGUCUGUUGGGGGACUAUAUAUAUUAGCUGAUGAGGCUAGGAACUUGUCUGUCCUAGCAUUGUUGGCGGUUGAUGAUAUUGGAUACUCGCGUCGCUGCUUUGUGAGUCUUGGUGGUGACUUUAAGCUUCAAGGGACUGAUUACAAUAGUACGCCGUCUGCAUUCAGGCGUUACAUUUAUGGGGAUGGUUGAUUUUCGAUCAUUGCUCUAGUUCUCCUGCUUUGUACAUAGUAGUAUACAAUAUACAGUCAGUGUUUGCAGGAGAUUCGUAUCUUGAAAUUGCCUCUAGGAUUUUUUCCGUUGUGUAUGUCAUGGAGCCAAGAGCGUCUGUGUUGAUGGAUAAGUACGAAAUGGGGAGAUUACUAGGACAAGGUACCUUUGCUAAGGUUUAUUACGGAAGGAGUAUCCAAAAUGGCCAGAGUGUGGCCAUCAAAAUGAUUGACAAAGAAAAAGUUUUAAGAGUAGGGCUCAUGGAUCAAAUUAAGAGAGAAAUUUCUGUCAUGGGAAUGGUUAGGCACCCAAAUGUCGUGUAUCUGUAUGAAGUCAUGGCGACCAAGACUAAAAUUUACUUUGUGAUGGAACAUGCUAAAGGCGGUGAACUCUUUGACAAGCUGGCCAAAGGGAGGCUAAAGGAGGAUGUUGCUCAAUUGUAUUUCAGACAGUUAAUUAGUGCAGUUGACUUUUGCCACAGCCGCGGAGUUUAUCAUCGCGAUCUGAAACCUGAAAACUUGCUGCUAGAUGAAAAUGAGAAUUUGAAGGUUUCAGAUUUCGGGUUGAGUGCUCUAGCUGAAACUAAACGACAAGAUGGUUUACUCCAUACCACUUGUGGGACCCCUGCAUAUGUUGCUCCCGAAAUCAUCAGUAGGAAAGGCUAUGAUGGGGCCAAAGCUGAUAUAUGGUCUUGUGGGGUGAUUUUAUAUGUUCUCUUGGCUGGUUUUCUUCCAUUCCAUGAUUCAAACUUGAUGGAGAUGUACAGAAAGAUUGGUAAAGCAGAAUAUAAAUGCCCUAGUUGGUUUCCAAAGGAUGCACGCCGACUAUUAGGAAAGAUCUUGGACCCUAACCCUGAUACUAGAGUCACAAUUGCUAAGAUAAAGGAGAGUUCUUGGUAUAAAAAAGACUUGUCUCCAAAACCUAUCCAAUCUGAUACAGAUAGCAUAACAGUUAAUGAUGUGGUUAGCAAUGGAGAUCCAGGCCCUUCCAGAAGUAGCAAUGCCAAUGAAGAAUCCAGGGAAGAGGGGAUCAAACCUGCAGAGUUAAAUGCAUUUGAUAUCAUAUCCCUUUCGUGUGGUUUUGAUUUAUCUGGCUUAUUCGAAGACUGUAGUCAUAAGAAGGAAGCAAGAUUUACGUCCAGGGAAGCUGCUUCUACCAUAAUCUCUAAGCUUAUGGAAACUGCUAAAAACUUAAGGUUAAAAGUAAGGAGGAUGGACAAAGGAUUACUAAACUUCGAGGGCACAAGCGAAGGAAGGAAAGGUGUUCUGUCAAUUGAUGCAGAAAUAUUUGAGGUCACCCCUGCACUCUACUUGGUGGAGAUGAGAAAAGCUAAUGGAGAUACUUUCGAGUAUCAAAAGGCGAUAAAGGAAGAUAUAAGGCCUUCUUUAAAAGAUAUUGUUUGGGCCUGGCAAGGUGAACAGCAGCAGCAGCCACUGCAAUUGCAGCAACCAUUGCAAAAUCAGGAGCAGUCUUAGCAGUAGCAGUGAUGGUAGAAACUCUUGAAACUUCUCUUUAGCCGUCUUGGUCCCAUACUUUGAUCAUGUUUUUGAUGAUCGGAGAGUAUGUCAACAUUAACAUGCGAUUCCUUUCCCUCCCGAAUUAUAUGCCUUUUACUGCAUUACUGACUAUUCUCGACUUUGCAACAAGGUCAGAGCUUAUUUAUGAGGCAGUAUUUGGAUAUAAGAUGUAUGUGUAUGCUUGAUAUAUCAUAGUUUGUAUUUACUUUUCCAAUUCAGAUACAGUAAAAUUAAGUUUACCUUACCA